UUUGUUCAGUCGAGUGUUGACACCGCGCAUGCCCGACGCGUUGUCGCGCGGCCAUUUUGUUAUAAAAACUACCGGGAAGUGUGUGCCGUUCAAAAACUGUUGAUGUUUACGUUUUAAAUGUCGUGUUUUAUAUAUAUAUUAGAACAGACAUUUGAUAUAUAAUUUAAAAUAAUAUAACCAGAAAGGAUAAUCAUAAACAACUAAGUGUCAGACAUGAGUUUUAAGCUAAUAAAACCGUUCUCAAGAAUGAAUAAAGAUAAGAGCAACAGUGUUUAUUCUAUGGUGUCAUUCAGUGACCUGACGCCAGGAAGUUUGGAUGUGUGGGUGGACCUGCCGGACGCCAUAAAAUAUGAUCCGACCCUGGCUCCCUUCAAGCAGAUGUACGAACAGAAACACGGCAAGGAUCUGUCUAACGUCGAGGUCGAAGUACCAGCAGGUGAUGACAUAAACAAAAAUAACAAAAUAGCAGAAGAAAAUUUAGUUUGCGAAAAGCAAAUACGUGAUAAAGAUGUUGAGAACAGAUUGGUGGAAGAUAUUAGUCCUGAUGACGAAAAAACAUUACCGAAACGUAAGAAACAGCUGGACCGCACACUACGAGUAAUAAAACUGUCAGUACUGGUGGCCGGCUGGGUGAUGCUAACUGUUUCUUUGCUGAUGAACAGAGAGAAGACCGACAUUAUUCUCCAUACAGCUGUAAAUGCUGGAGAAAUCAAAGAAUAUUUUUUGGGGUCGUCGAGUGAGGAAUUUAGGGUCGCUAUUUCAUUGACCGGCCCCUUCACUGACUCUUCCACCAACGCGACCUCGUCACUCCAGCUCUGGCUGCACAGAACAUCCAAAUACAAAGAAGAUGAACAGGAUUCGCCAGCGUGGAGUAUUAAUCUUCAGCCAGAUGACGUCAUAGACUUCUCUCCCAGCGCAUCCGAGGAUAACUUCCUCAUGAUAGAUAAGCAAACCUUCAUAAACAAUGAGACGUACGAAGAAAAAAAUGCGUCUGAACACGGAGUGAACGAAUCCAGAAUCUUUCUAUGUCUCAAUAGCAGCAGUAGUCAAGCCGUUCCUCUUACCAUCAGUCUUCACGGAAAACCUCUGUCUGAAACCGAAGGACUUAUAUAUGCGAGCGUCCUCUUAGCCACGCUGUAUAUUCUUAUAAUAUUUGAGAUAGUUAACCGAACGCUAGCAGCCCUAUUGUCGUCUUCCUUGGGCGUGGCAACCCUAGCGCUGGUCGGGGAACGUCCUUCCCUCCCCGAGCUGAUCUCGUGGCUGGAUGUGGAAACACUCUUGCUGCUCUUCAGCAUGAUGAUACUCGUCGCCAUAAUCGCGGAAACCGGAUUGUUUGAUUUCCUCGCUGUUAAGGCUUUCGAGAUAACGGCGGGCAGGACCUGGCCUUUGAUUAACUGCCUCUGUUUCUUUACCGCAUUCUUUUCAACGUUCCUCGACAACGUAACCACAGUCCUUCUGAUGACGCCAGUCACUAUACGGUUAUGCGAGGUGAUGCAGCUGAAUCCGGUUCCAGUUCUGAUGUCCAUGGUCAUUUUUAGCAAUGUAGGCGGCGCGGCCACGCCUGUUGGAGAUCCUCCAAAUGUGAUCAUAGCCAGUCACCCCUCCAUACUCGCUGUGAACAUAAACUUCACGUCUUUCACCCUCCACAUGGGUCUGGGUAUACUCCUGGUGUGCAUACAAACAUACGUACAGCUGAGGUUCAUGUUCAGGGACAUGAACAGUCUAAGACACUGCGUGCCACGCGAUAUACUUGAAUUGCGUCAAGAAAUCAGCGUGUGGAAGCGCGCGGCCGCUUCAUUAUCAUCUUACUCGAGAGACGAAGACAUCGUCAGACGGGCGCUGGAGAAGAAGCUCACCUGGUCGCAGGUGCAGAGACUGAAGUCGACUCUCGGAAGAAGGGAGGCUGGCGGAGGCAAUGACAAACUCUUCUGUUCAACUCUCGCUCAUAUGAAGGAUAAGUAUCGAAUAAGGGACAAGGCGUUGCUAGUGAAGAGUGGUGUGUGUAUUAGCUUCGUCGUUCUGGUCUUCUUCCUCCACGCUGUGCCUGAGCUACAGAGUUUGUCUCUGGGCUGGACGGCCUUGCUGGGAGCCCUGCUACUUCUGCUGCUGUCUGAGCGCGAAGACCUGGAACCUGUGCUGGCUAGAGUUGAAUGGUCCACACUGCUGUUCUUUGCAGCUCUAUUUGUGAUGAUGGAGGUGUUAUCGAAGUUAGGUCUCAUAGCGUGGAUAGGGAGGAUGACUGAAACUGUGAUAUCCCAAGUCGGCGAGGACUCUAGACUGGCUGUGGCUGUCAUGCUGAUACUUUGGGUGUCAGGUCUGGCCUCGGCCUUCGUAGAUAACAUCCCGUUGACGACGAUGAUGGUGCGCGUUGUGGCAGCCCUGGCAGACGGCGCACUCGCCCUACCGCUGCCACCCCUGGCCUGGGCACUCAGCUUCGGAGCUUGUUUAGGAGGUAACGGCACGUUGAUUGGCGCUAGCGCCAACGUGGUGUGCGCCGGCGUCGCUGAACAGCACGGCUACCGGUUCACCUUCAUACAGUUUCUUAGAAUAGGUUUCCCCAUCAUGAUAGGUAACCUCCUGGUGGCGUCUGGCUAUCUCCUGCUCUGCCACUGUCUGUUCACCUGGCACUGAACCCUCAAAGGACCGUUCAUCAUGAAAUUAUUAAACAAUUCAGUCAAAAAAAAAAACAUUUUAACAAAUAUAUUGUAAAUUACGUGUCCGUUUUAUGAGAUGUAAAGUUUGUGGGCCAUAUGAUUGUAAUCAUAUGUAAAUUCCAGUAAAUUAUCUAGUUAAAGUUAUGGUAGCACAAUUCGUUUAACACUAUGGAAGAUACUUAAUAUAUAAGAGCAUACAUAAGUAUUAUUACAUAAGCUAUAUAUACAUUGAAUAUAUUUUAAACCAUGACAUAUUUAGAAUAUUUUGUUUCGUAAACAAUAUAUGGAUAUAUAUAU